AACAUGCGGUCCGUGGUUCUUCUGCUCCUCGGAGUUCAUCUCGCCAAUGCUGCGACCCAUUCCCUGAAAUAUGUCUACACAGCUACCACAGGAAUGAAAAACUUUCCAAGGUUUGUAGAUGUGGGAAUGCUGAAUGGUGAAGUCAUCAGUAUGUAUGACAGUACAUCACAGAGAAAGGUCCCCAAACAGAAGUGGAUGGCUGAUAAUUUGGACCAGCAAUACUGGGAUAGUGGGACUGAGAACAUUAAGGGUACAGAGCAAGCUUACAUGAACAAUAUUCAGGUGGCCAUGCUUCGCUUCAAUCAAACGGCAGGUGUGCACACAGUCCAGGUGAUGUACGGCUGUGAUUGGGAUGAUCAGACUGGAGAAACAAAUGGGUUUCGUCAAGAAGGUUAUGAUGGAGAGGACUUUCUGUUUCUGGAUCUGAAGGAGAUGAGAUGGAUUUCUCCAGUGAUGCAAGGAAUCAUCACUGCUCUGAAGUGGAACUAUGACAGAGGUAGACUUGAGGCUAGAAAACAUUACUUCAGCACUGUGUGCAUCGAGUGGUUGAUGAAGUAUCUGGAGUAUGGAAAGAGCAGCCUGAAGAAAACAGUCUCUCCUCAGGUGUCUCUGCUGCAGAAGUCUUCCUCGUCUCCCGUCUCGUGUCAUGCUACAGGAUUUUACCCCAAAUAUGUAACAAUCUCCUGGAUGAAGAAUGGACAAGAUCAUUAUGAGGAUGUGGAGGUUGGUGAACUUCUUCCUAAUGAGGACGGGACCUUUCAGAAGACGAGCGAACUCAGAGUUACUCCUGAAGAGUGGAAGAAGAAUGAGUUCAUCUGUGUGGUGGAGCACCAGGGAAGAGCCAUCAGAAAGAUCCUGACAGAGAAAGAGAUCAGGACUAACCAGGAGAGUCUGUGUCCAUCUUCAUCAUGGUGGGUGUUCUUGGGGCUGUGGUCUUGUUGAUUGUCAUUGGUGUCGCUGGAUGCAUCUGAAGAAACAAGGAUACCAGACGUGUGGGAUAUAUUAUUAAACAAAAAAUCCUUAUGUUGUUCUCCUCCUGCCUUUCAAAACUGCAUAUUAACAAAGAAUACAACACAGGAUCAUAGAUUUCUGC